AGAAAGCGCCGCGGCAUUUCCGGCGGGACUGCGACUCCCCGCCCCCAGGCGUGUGCAGCCUCGUCGCCUGGUGCAGACCUUCGGGAAGGAGGUGCAGGCCUGGUGUGAUCUUCUGUUUGGACGGAGUGAAAGAGACCAUGCAGAAGGACUCCGGCCCUCUAGUGCCUUUACAUUGGCUUGGCUUUGGCUAUGCAGCACUGGUUGCUUCCGGUGGGAUCAUUGGCUAUGUAAAAGCAGGCAGUGUCCCGUCCCUGGCCGCUGGGCUCCUCUUUGGUGGAUUAGCAGGCCUGGGUGCCUAUCAGCUGUCUCAGGAUCCAAGGAACAUUUGGGUUUUCUUAGUUACAUCUGGAACUCUGGCUGGCAUUAUGGGAAUGAGAUUCUACCACUCUGGAAAAUUUAUGCCUGCAGGCUUAAUUGCGGGUGCCAGUUUGCUGAUGGUCGCCAAACUUGGAAUUAGUGCGUUGAGUAAACCCCAUCAGUAGUAGUCAUGGCCCAGCUUGGACUCAUGAAGAAUUUUUAAAUUUCCACUAUUUUUAACAUAUUAAGAUAAAUAAGUACAGCAUUUUCACAUAUUCUGACAUUUUACUUAAAACAAAAACAAAAAAACCAACACUGAACUUUGCAGAGAAAAAAAUCAGUCAUUAUCUUUACAACCCUGAAGAGGUGGGUAGAAUGUAACAUAAAAGCUUCUUCCUGCAGUUUGAUUCCUGUAUGUUGGUGUUAUCUGUUCUCUCUGAAUGUAUAGGUAAAAUCUCCAGGAAUAAAAUGUAAGGUGUCACCAUUGGGGCCCCCAAAACCCCAUGCUCUACUCAGAGGAACAGUGUGAAAAAGAUCUCUUAACGAGAUUUAGGCUAUCUGUUCUUUUGUUUAUCUUGGAGCACAGACCUACUUUGAAAUUAUGUUAAAUCAAGUAAAAUAAAGUUUACUGUAAAUAAUAUUUUCUGUGGUGUCUUUGUUGCCAGAGCUAUCUAGAGCAUAGAAUGAGAUGUGCAUAUCAAGAAGAUAAAAGAACAUGAAAGUGUGCUUGUUAACAUUUUAUUUAGGAAUUACCCAUUCUGAAUAAUUUAAAGACCAAAGAAGGAAAGUUAUUUGUUAUUUGAUUAUACAUUGCAUUGAGGCUUGGAUUUCUAAGA